AUGAUUGGGACAGCGUGUAGUGGAGUCUGGGAUAAUAUUACGUGCUGGCAUCCUGCUGACAUCGGAGAGACCGUCACAGUUCCUUGUCCAAAAGCAUUCAGCCAUUUUUACAACAAACCAGGAAAUAUCAGCAAAAACUGUACUAGUGAAGGCUGGUCAGAGAUGUUUCCAGAUUUUAUAAGUGCCUGUGGCUAUAGUGACCCUGAAGAUGAUAACAAGAUCACUUUCUAUAUCCUGGUGAAGGCAAUUUAUACCUUAGGAUACAGUGUCUCUCUGAUUGCUCUGACAACUGGAAGUAUAAUCCUUUGCCUAUUCAGGAAACUGCAUUGUACCAGGAAUUACAUCCAUUUGAACCUUUUCCUUUCCUUCAUCUUGAGGGCUAUCUCUGUUUUAGUCAAGGAUGACAUCCUUUAUUCUAACUCAAGCACUCUCCACUGUCCAGACCAACCAUCUUCAUGGGUUGGCUGCAAGUUGAGCUUGGUGUUUUUCCAGUACUGUAUCAUGGCAAAUUUUUAUUGGCUCCUGGUGGAAGGACUUUACCUUCAUACACUCCUUAUGGUUAUAUUUUCCUCAAAUCGACAUUUCCUGAUAUAUCUUCUGAUUGGAUGGGGAAUCCCUACAGUGUUUAUUGUUGUGUGGAUUGUGGCAAGAAUCUUCUUAGAAGAUAGUGGUUGCUGGGAUACAAAUGAACAUCGUAUUCCCUGGUGGGUGAUACGAAUACCAAUUUUAAUUUCUAUCAUCGUGAAUUUUGUCCUUUUCAUUAGUAUUAUAAGAAUUUUGCUGCAGAAGUUAAGAUCUCCAGAUGUUGGCGGCAAUGAUCAGUCACAGUACAAGAGACUCACCAAGUCAACGCUGCUGCUCAUCCCUUUAUUUGGAGUUCACUAUAUGGUUUUUGCUGUAAAUCCCAUUGGCAUUUCCACCAAAUACCAGAUACUGUUUGAAUUAUGUCUGGGAUCAUUCCAGGGCCUGGUUGUCGCAGUUCUGUACUGUUUUUUGAACAGUGAAGUGCAAUGUGAGCUAAAGAGAAAAUGGCGAAGCUUGUGCCUGAACCAGUCCAUGAGCCGGGAUUACAGGUUCCACAGCUCUUCAAUCUCUCGCAACGGCUCAGAAAGUGUCUUACAUUUCCAUCGGAAUUCCCGAGCCCACUCCUUCCUGCAGACCGAAACCACCGUGAUAUGA